AAAUCUUCUGGCAACACUGAGCUCACCAUAGAAUGUGUACCUAACGCGUUCUAUGCGAAGGUAACUGAAAAAUAGUGAAAAAUGAGCAAGAGUGAAAGAGAGAACAUGGUUGACAAAAAUUGAGUAUUAGCUAAGUUGCUUAUAAAACAAAAAAUAAGUUAGUAAUGAGUAUAAUUAAGUGUAUAUCAUGAUGUAUUUUAAAUCAUCAAAGUUUAAAUUACGAAUAGUAUAAGUGCAUCGUUCCCACUUUUGUGUAAUCGGUUGCACAGUCGGCAUUUUUUAAAAAAAUCGGCGUCUUUCAAUAUCAAGAUGUUGUCUAUAGGGCCUAAAAUGGAUGGGGGGCCAAAUACGAAGUAUUUUGAGUCUCCCGAAACGCUUACUGCUUUGGAGGGAGUUAAACAAUGGCUCCAGAAAAAUGGAAAAAAGUAUGUACAAAGUGAUCCUGUUACAAACAAGACUUUAGCAACAACAACUGUUCAACUAAUGCAGUUUCAGGAAGACUUUUUGGGCAAAAAUGCACAGAAACCACCUAUGACUCGCAUACCUGUUAAAUACUUUCUUGAUUUCAAACCAGGAGGAGGCUUGUGUCAAAUGUUAUUAGCUGCUUAUAGGUUCAAGAGUGAACAUGGUUGGAGAAGAUUUGAAUUGCCCUCAGGAAAGAAUGUUUCAAAAUUGGAAAGGGUGUACGAAAUGUUUCAAAAUAUGGAGAAAGCUUUGAUAAGUGCUAAACAAUAUACACUUCCAGUAGUAUAUAUCAAACCUGACAUGGACAAAGCUGUCAUUCAGAAGGUAAAGGAAAUUGUUCGAAAAAGGAAUGGUCAAGUUGUUGAAACUGAAGAUACAGCUACUCAUAUUAUUUAUGGUUCUUUAGAUCCUUUGAAAGAUGAAUAUGGCAGACCAGUGAUAAAACGGGACAAAAUGGCUUUGAUGCAUUGGUAUUACUUUCCCAAUUCUUACGAUACCUGGGUCAACUUGGAAAGUGCUGGAUUAGAUGGAUUAUCAAUUGAUAGCACUCCUAGUCCACAUUCAGGGCCAUGGCGUGUAACUUGUAAUUGGAUUUACGAAACCGAUCAGUAUAAUGAGUGGAUGACUGAAGAAGAUUAUGAAGUAGAUGAAAAUGGUAUCAAAAAAGUUCAUCCUCGGACAAUGUCUGUAGAUGAAUUGAUGAACCCGUCAGAAGAUAGAAACAAAAAAAAUAAAGGCGGUAAAAGGAAAAGGUCUCCGUCCCCUCCAUCAAAGGUAGGAAAAAGGAAAAGUGGAAGAAGCCCAGCAGUUGGCAAAAAAACAAGGCCUGAAGAUCCCGAAUCUGAAGAUUUAACAAAAGAUAUGGAAGAACCUACUCCUGAACCAAAUGUUGUUGAAGUUGCUCCUGUUGUACCAAGUACUCAGUUACCUGUGAAGAAGGAUCAUGAGCUUCAACCACUCAAAGGAGGCUCAAUAACAGAUCUGGAAGAGACUGAAGAAAGAGGAGAGGAUUCUCAAACUGGAAAGAAUAGUGAUAGCAAUACACAGGAUGAUGGCCAGGAAGAUAAUGUUACAGAACAAACUCAUCAUAUUAUAAUUCCUUCGUAUUCUGCAUGGUUUGAUUACAACUCAAUUCAUGAAGUAGAGAAAAGAGCCAUGCCCGAGUUUUUCAAUGGCAGGAACAAGUCGAAGACACCUGAAAUUUAUUUGGCAUACAGGAACUUCAUGAUAGAUACUUAUAGACUAAACCCUACGGAGUAUAUUACUAGUACAGCGUGUCGAAGAAAUCUGGCCGGUGAUGUGUGUGCUAUUAUGAGAGUUCAUGCUUUCUUAGAACAAUGGGGUCUCAUCAAUUACCAAGUUGACACAGAUUCAAGACCUACUGCCAUGGGCCCGCCACCUACUUCUCAUUUCCAUAUAUUGUCUGAUACACCAUCAGGUUUGCAGCCUGUUAACCCUCCUAAGACACCUCAACCAAGUGCUGCAAAAACCCUCUUAGACCUAGAUAAAGUACAAGAAAUGAAGAAAACCGAAGGAUCAACAGAAAUAUCUAGUUUUGGUUUGAAAUUAGAUCAGUAUGCAAAGAAACCUGCAGUUCUACGAAAUAAAAGUGCAGCCUCUUUAACUAGAGAUUGGACAGAGCAAGAAACACUUCUGUUGCUGGAGGGCCUAGAGAUGUAUAAAGAUGACUGGAAUAAAGUUUGCGAACAUGUAGGUUCACGUACACAAGACGAAUGUAUUCUUCAUUUUCUUAGACUGCCAAUUGAAGACCCUUACUUGGAAGAUCCAGAAGCAGGUGGAGCUCUGGGACCCUUAGCUUACCAACCAAUACCGUUCAGCAAAGCUGGAAAUCCAAUCAUGUCCACCGUAGCUUUCUUGGCUUCUAUAGUUGACCCAAGAGUUGCUGCAGCUGCUGCUAAAUCAGCCAUGAAUGAGUUUGCCAGCAUCAAGGAUGAAGUUCCUGCCUCGGUGAUGGACGCUCAUCUGAAAAAUGUGGAAGCAUCGAAUGCUGAUGGCAAAUAUGAUCCUGCUGCAAAUCUUGCUAUGACUGGAAUUGCAGGUACUGUUCCUGAUAAGGAAGAAGAAGAUAAAGUCAAAAAGGAAGAUAUAAAAGAUGAGGAAAAAGCUCCCGAGGAGAAGAAAAAUGGGGACAGCCAGGAUGAGAAGAUGACAGACAAAGUUAAAUCUGAAACCUCAGACAGUGAAAAAGAUGAGAAAAUGGAUAUGUCAGAAAGCAAAGGCGAAAAAGCCAUGAAAGAUAGUGAAAUGCAAAGUGCUGCAGCAGCAGCCUUAGCUGCUGCUGCUGUCAAAGCAAAACAUCUCGCUGCUGUAGAAGAAAGAAAAAUAAAGUCGUUAGUGGCAUUAUUAGUAGAAACUCAAAUGAAGAAACUAGAAAUCAAACUCCGUCACUUUGAAGAGCUGGAAACGACCAUGGAAAGAGAAAGGGAGGGUCUUGAAUAUCAACGCCAACAGCUUAUUACUGAAAGACAGCAAUUUCAUUUGGAACAAUUGAAAUCUGCUGAGUUUCGAGCUAGGCAACAGGCUCAUCAGAGACUUCAAGCUGAACAAGGGCAAUGGUCUGCCCAGCAGACUUCCAUAUCACAUUCAGCUCCAUCUACGGAUACUGGACCUAGUACUACUCCAACUCCUCCUUCUCCACAAGCAUCAGCUGUGGCGUCCCCACAAGCACCACCCCAUCAUCACAUUUAAACUAAUGUGGUUUCAUGGACGCCUUCAUUGCUUUGAAGAACAGAUGAACCUGAAAGGUAAGUGGGUGAAUGUGCCAGUCAAAAGUUGAUUGGAACAAUUUGCUUAGGUACUUGGUUAUCUAAAUCAGCUAGCUAUAUUAAUAAGAUUAAGCUAGAUAGACGAUAUUCCAAAAUUUCUCAAUAUCGAAACUGUAAUAUAGAGGAGAUUUAGUGAUUUUGAGGUGUCAUUACUUGAUACUUCAAAAAGGAUGUUCUAUAUACACCAGAUACUGUAAGCAAGUUAGAGUUUGACAUUUGAACAUUUCAAAAACCUCUUGUGUAAUUCUAAAGAUCUCCCAUCCACUAUAUUGAGAAUUUGGUCACAAAUUUCCCAAUCUAACAAUUCGUAAGAAUAUACUUUUUUGUAUAGAUUUGUAAUUGUGAGUUUUGAAAAGAUGUCCAAGUUUUAUAUAAAAUAAGAAUAUUUCAGCUUUCUAGGUACUAUGACCUCAAAUUGAAUGGAAGA